CGGUACUCUGCAGCUCGGUGCUCUCCAUCUGGAUGUGCCGCGACGGCCUGCUCCUCAGCCACCGCCUGGGACCCGCGCUGGCCCCGCUGCGCCGGCCGCCUCGCACCCUGGACGCCCGGAUCGCCCGCUUGGCCCAGUGCAGACGGACGGAGGCCGCGUGGCUGACCACCCGGGGCCCGCAGGCCGAGGAUGCAGCGCUGGAAGGCGGCAGCCUUGGCCUCGGUACUCUGCAGCUCGGUGCUCUCCAUCUGGAUGUGCCGCGACGGCCUGCUCCUCAGCCACCGCCUGGGACCCGCGCUGGCCCCGCUGCGCCGGCCGCCUCGCACCCUGGACGCCCGGAUCGCCCGCUUGGCCCAGUAUCGAGCGCUGCUGCAGGGCGCCCCGGACGCCGUGGAGCUGCGCCAGCUGACGCCCUGGGCCGGCGGGGCCGCGGGGCCGCGUCGUCGGGCGGGGCCCCGGCGGAGGCGCGCGCGGACCGGGAGCCGGCCGUGCGGGCUGCGCGAGCUCGAGGUGCGCGUGAGCGAGCUGGGCCUGGGCUACGCGUCCGACGAGACGGUGCUGUUCCGCUACUGCGCAGGCGCCUGCGAGGCGGCCGCGCGCGUCUACGACCUGGGGCUGCGGCGGCUCCGCCAGCGGCGGCGCGUGCGGCGGGAGCGGGUGCGCGCGCAGCCCUGCUGCCGCCCGACGGCCUACGAGGACGAGGUGUCCUUCCUGGACGCGCACAGCCGCUACCACACGGUGCACGAGCUGUCGGCGCGCGAGUGUGCCUGCGUGUGACCCUACCUCAGCGGCGGGCGGGCGGCGGCCACGGCGCCCUGCGUCCCGCCUGGCGAGCCCCGCGGCCGGGGAC